AUUUUAAAUUUUAGCUUCAUUUCAUUAAAACGAUACUCAUAUUACGCAUGUGCAAAUUUAUAGCUUAGUCAAAGUUACUGUUCAUAACCUAUAAAAAGUAAAGUGUGAUUUUAUAAUUGUUUGAUAUAUAUUGAUAUAAGACAUGUAUCAUCAAAAUAAAAAUUGGCAUUUAAAUUAAUUAUAAUAAUGGCUAUACCUCCUUCUUUUGGUCUUAGCGAUAUUGUACAUUUAAACGUUGGUGGAACAAGGUUCUCAACAUCAAAGCAAACAUUAACAUGGGUUCCAGAUUCAUUUUUUACAGCUUUAUUAAGUAAUAGAAUUGCCAGUCAUAGAGAUGAAAUUGGUGCAUUAUUUAUAGAUAGAGAUCCAAAAUUAUUUUCUAUUAUAUUAAAUUAUCUUCGUACAAAGGAUAUUGAUUUAAAAAAUGUAGAUCUUCGUACAUUAAGACACGAAGCUGAAUAUUAUGGUAUUAUACCAUUAGUUAAAAGAUUAAUGUUAUGUGAAGAUUUAACUCAGUCAUCUUGUGGAGAUGUUUUGUUUUAUGGUUAUUUACCACCACCAAGUAUACCAUUACAAGAACCCACUACUGUUGCAUCAAAUAUAGGAGAUGUAUCUGUUCAUGGUAGAAUUCCAACUAAUAAUACUAAUUCAAGAGUAGAUGUACCAUCUACAUCUCAGAAUCCAAUUCCUGGAACUUCAAAUAACCAUAAUAAUAAUGGACAACAAAAUCAUAAAGGAGUACUUAAUAGUCACAUGCGAAAUUCUUCAUUAGAUUAUAGAAUUCAACAGAAAGGUUUACCACAUUCACGCACAUCAUCUCUAGAUUUAAGACAUGUUAGGAACAAUUCAGCAGAUUUAAAUAAAUUAUAUAAAAAUGAUAUUAGUUUAGUAUUUGGACCUCAACAAGUUUCAUCAUGGGUUGAUCCUUUAAGAGUUCAAAUCAUAAAAGCACAUCAUAAUUGGAUUGUGAUUGCUUAUGCUCAUUUUAUAACAUGUUAUCGACUUAAAGAUUCAUCUGGUUGGCAACAUGCAUUUACAAGUCCUCACAUAGAAUCAGUAAUUGAAAGAGUGGCAAUAACAUCAAAAUUAAGUACCAGUGGAGAUGUUAAAAUGGUUGCUAUUUCCUAUGGAAAUCAAGUCAGACUAUGGAGUAUUUCAGCAAAUGGAAUGAAAACUAAUAUUGGCACAUUCAAUUUAAAUGUUCGUGUGGAAUAUUUAUUUUUUAUUGGAAGCCAAUUAGUUGCUUUAUCUCCUACUGAUAAAAUUGGUGUAUGGCAUGCUAUGACACAUCAUUGGCAAAUACAAGAUGUAGUACCCAUUUUAUCAUUUGAUACAGCUGGUUCAUUUCUUUUAUUAGGAUGCAACAAUGGAUCUAUAUAUUAUAUUGAUAUGGAAAAAUUUCCUUUGAGAAUGAAAGAUAAUGAUUUACUUGUAACUGAAUUGUAUCGUGAUCCAAAUUAUGAUCCUAUUACAGCUAUAUCUGUAUAUUUAACACCAAAAACAUCACAAGCUGUUUGUGGUAACUGGAUAGAAAUUGCAUAUGGCACAAAAUCUGGCAGCGUUAGAGUUAUAGUUCAACAUCCUGAAACUGUAGGACAUGGUCCACAAUUAUUUCAAACAUUUACAGUGCAUCAAAGUAGUGUAACAAAAGUAACAUUGUCAGAAAAAUAUUUAGUAUCUGUCUGUUCAGAAUAUAAUCAUGUUAGGAGUUGGGCAGUAACAAGGUUUCGUGGAAUGAUUUCUACUCAACCUGGAUCUACACCCGAAGCUAGUUUUAAAAUCGUAUCUUUAGAAGCAAUUGAAUCUUGUAUUAGUUACAAUGCUGGAAAUGAUUUUGGACCAUUUGGAGAACAAGAUGAUGAACAAGUCUUUGUUCAAAAAGUUGUACCUGAAACUGAUCAAUUAUUUGUACGUUUAGCAUCAAAUGGAAAAAGAGUUUGUGUAAUUAAAUCAGUGGAUGGUAGUAUUAUAAGCUCAUUUUAUGUACAUGAAUGUGAAGGAUCUAGCCGUAUGGGUUCAAGACCAAGACGUUUUAUAUUCACUGGACAUUCUAAUGGGACUAUUCAAAUGUGGGAUCUUACAACAGCUUUAGAACCUUCUUUUUCUUCUACUCAAAAUGUCUCUGGUGGACCUACACCAGAAGAACUUUGGAAAUUGUUAGACCAAUGUGAUUUAAGUAAUAGUCAUUCUUCAACACCAUGUAUUAGUCCAUGUCCAUCACUUAUAUCUACAGGUCCAAGUAUAAAAACCAGUAAUGUACUAUUUCUCAAUCAGUCACAAAAUUCUGAUGCAACACCUGGACCUAGCCAAACAUGAAGAUAAAUAGCUGUACACAUUUAUGGCAAAUAUUAUAAUACUGCUAUCUGUUAAUUCUGUAAUUUCAAUAAACAGUAAGUGUAUUGUUAAUUUUUUACAUGAAUGUAAAUAGGUUUUUAUACAUGUAAGUAGGAAUCAGUUAAAUAAAUUUAAAAUAAAUAUUCA